UAGCAAAAUAUUUUUUUCCUUGUUAUAAAUGCUAGAGAAUACUCUUGUUUGAAGACACAAAGAGGCAUGGCUGCCAUUAGAGAAGGAGAAAAUGAUGGUAUGGGCGUAAGUUUGAAGGAUUUGUCUAAGAAACUAGAAGAUUUUGCAAAGGCUAGAGACUGGGAAAAAUAUCACACCCCCAGAAAUUUACUCCUUGCCAUGGUGGGUGAAGUGGGGGAGUUAUCAGAGAUAUUUCAAUGGAAGGGAGAGGUCGAAAAAGGGUUGGAAAGCUGGGAGGAAUCAGAGAAAGAGCAUCUGGGAGAGGAACUAUCAGAUGUACUCUUAUACCUUAUCAGAUUGGCCGAUAUAUGUGGUAUUGAUCUUGGCCAUGCUGCCCUCAACAAAAUCCUCAAGAACGCUAUCAAAUAUCCUCCCAUUUCCCUUUAGUAAUCUCAAAUCAAGAUUACAGAUUCCCUUUUUAAUCUCCAAGGAACAAUCGUCAUGAUCCACGAGCCUCAUAAUCAACUUUAACCGAAUACUAAUACACAUACCGUUUUUUUACUUCUGUUUUUGAUCCACAUUAGGAAUCUAUUUCAUCAAUAAAACAACACAAUUGCUUUCUCGUACACUGCCUCC